CACUGUGGUUUCUUCGUGGGUUUGUAAUUUACAUUUUUUGAAUAAAAUCUAAAAUGUUUGGCGGAGGGCGUGCACCGAUAUUGGUUUUGAGUCAAAAUACGAAGCGAGAAUCUGGUCGAAAAGUUCAACUGGAAAACAUCAAUGCCGGAAAGCAAAUCGCCGAUGUCAUUCGAACAUGCCUGGGGCCUCAGGCAAUGUUGAAAAUGUUGAUGGACCCAAUGGGUGGUAUUGUUAUGACUAAUGAUGGUAACGCAAUUCUUCGAGAAAUCACAGUACAACAUCCCGCUGCCAAAAGUAUGAUAGAAAUUGCUAGAACUCAAGAUGAAGAGGUUGGUGAUGGUACUACUUCUGUGAUAGUGCUUGCAGGUGAAAUGUUAGCUGCAGCAGAACAAUUUUUGGAACAACAAAUGCAUCCCACAGUUAUAAUCCGUCAAUAUAGACAAGCUCUGGAAGACAUGAUUGGAUUUUUAGAAGGCCCUCUUAGUGUACCAGUUGACAGAAAUGACAAAGCAGCAUUGGCUCAAGUUGUGCAAGGGUGUGUUGGCACAAAAUUCAUUGGAAAGUGGUCAGACUUGGCAGUAAACAUUGCCUUGGAUGCAGUCAGCACAGUCUUGCUUGAAGAAAAUGGCCGUACAGAGGUAGACAUCAAGAGAUAUGCCAAAGUAGAAAAAAUUCCUGGUGGUUCAAUUGAGGAAUCCCAGAUUCUUAAAGGAGUUAUGCUCAAUAAGGAUGUUACCCAUCCAAAAAUGAGGAGAUACAUUCAGAAUCCCAGGAUAAUUUUACUGGACUGUGCUUUGGAAUAUAAAAAAGGAGAAUCUCAAACUAAUGUGGAAAUCACUGGAGAUGCUGAUUUCACAAGAUUGCUUGAAUUAGAAGAGGAGCAUGUAAAACGCCAGUGUGAUGAAAUAACAGCCUUGAAGCCAGACGUUGUUUUUACUGAAAAAGGGGUAUCAGAUUUGGCACAGCACUAUCUUCUCAAAGCUGGCAUCACUGCUGUGAGGCGAGUACGCAAAUCUGACAACAACAGAAUAGCCAGAGCAUGUGGGGCCACAAUUGUCAAUAGAACUGAGGAGUUGCAAGAAUCUGAUGUGGGUUUGGGAGCUGGACUCUUUGAAAUCAAAAAAAUCGGUGAUGAAUAUUUCUGUUUCAUUGUGGAAUGCAAGGAUCCAAAGGCUUGCACUAUUCUGCUUCGUGGUGCCAGCAAGGACAUUUUGAAUGAGAUUGAAAGGAAUCUCCAGGAUGCUUUGCAAGUGGCUAGGAACAUAGUUCUGUCUCCAAGAUUAGUACCAGGAGGUGGUGCCAUAGAAAUGGCAGUGGCCCAACGUUUGUUGGAAAAAGCCACCCACGGACCUUCCAGAGCCCUAGCUCAUGCACUAGAAAUUAUUCCUCGUACUUUGGCUCAAAACUGUGGUGCUAAUACUAUCAAAACUCUAACUGCACUUAGAGCAAAACACGCCAAUCACACAGAUUCAUCUAAACCUUGUACAUGGGGAAUUGAUGGAGAGACAGGUGAAUUGGUAGAGAUGGACAAAAAGAAAUUAUGGGAACCGAUUUCGGUCAAACUUCAAACGUAUAAAACGGCAGUCGAAACAGCUAUCCUUUUGCUCCGUAUUGAUGGUAUCGUUUCCGGAUCGAAAAAGAAGGGUGACAAAGAAGUACCGACUCCCAGCCAGAUGCAGCAACAGCAACAGAUGGGACAAGAGGACUAAUCUAGCUUUUUUUUUUAAUUUCUAAUUAUUGUUAACGAAACGCUUCAUUAUUCACUAUUCACCACAUUUAUCCAGUUUUUCUUUGUACUUUAACAACAUCAAUUAAUAAAAUAAAGGUUAUUUAUGC